GACGUCAUGACAACCAUGACGUCGCGUGGAAUAACAAGUUCAACUUUGCCUUGCAUUCUUUACGACAUCGGCAGGAUGAAGGCGCGGCCAAAACAAACGCUGGACAUUGAUAUGGGAGACUCGAAUACGUUUCGUUUCGGAGAAAAGGGACACAGGGUUCGUUUUAAGGAGCCUAUGAAAUGCCGGGACAAACUUUUACGUUACCCGGGAGUAGAUGACAUAUUGAACAGCGGUGGUAUCAGGAAAGAACCACUUGUUCCUUAUGAGGACAAUGAAAUCAAAGUAAAUCCUGACCAAUACCAGCAACGAGGGGAAAGGAAAACAGAAGUUGACGAAAGACUUUUGGACGGUUAUAUUGGGAGAGUCUGCCUAGCGGCUGCUAUGGAAGAAAGAGACAAUUACGGAAUAAUGGAUCCCUACGAUGGUCACGUGACAAAUCCGGAAGCUCUAAUGCAGGCAUUCGAAGAUAGCCGAUUUGAAAAGAAAGUUAAAAAGGACAAGAAGGGAAAGUGGAACAAGAAGGAAAAGAAGCGAAAAAUGGCGGAAGAAUAUUUGGUCACAGAGAGUUGUGAUCAAUCAACAGCACAGAUGGUGUCGGUUCCUCUAAAGGAGUUCCGAUACCUUGUCAACUCAGAAGUGGAAUCAAAGGCACGUAUAAUUCACGACUAUUACCUGUACCAGUGGGAUAAUAUGCAGAGGGACCGUAUAGAAGCCUACAGAAGUCUGAUCACAUGGAAAGACCAAUUCGAGCAAGCAAAUGGUUUGUUGCGGCGAGUUAAAUUGGAACUGGAGAAGAUGACGCUGUCACGUGAUACCCUAAUGGCUGAGAUCGAGUGCAUGAAGAAAAACAAACGAAGGCGCAGUGGUGCUCAGCGGAGACGUACACGAGAACUUGCAAAAUCUCAGUCCAGUGCACUUGCUCAGGCUAGCGACCCUUCUAUGUCCAGGAGUAUUGAAGGCAGCCAAAGUUUCGAAGAAGAUUGUUCUCGUUGAGGAAACCUCUUCUAAUGUGCAAUAUAUUUGAUAUAAAUAAAAUGGGCGUAAAAUUUUA